AUGGCAUCUCCCAUUUUUAUUUCGAAACCCCCACCGGGAUUUUCCGUGGUAGCAAUCAUACGAGGUUUCCAAUUGGCGCUCCUCGGAGCUUAUCGCUCCUUGCAGAACCCUCAACUCUUCAAAACCCAGUAUUAUCGACAAGCGGGCCUUGCGAUCGCGCUGUCGGUGUUGCUACAGGUGGUGCUUUGGUCUCCCAUCAUGAUUCUUCGUCUAUUGGCUGCGUUUGUAGGCUUGUUCACCUCUCUGGAGAGAAUAGCAGAUCUUGCAUCUUUUCUCAAAGGCCUCCAGUUCAAUGUGUUGAACAUUAGUGUGUUCGUGGUGAGUGCAUCUCGUUUCUUCACAAAGGACUUGGACUAUUUGUUUUUGGCCAGUCUCGAGUUCAUUGACUCUGUUUAUAUCCUGAAACAUCCAGAUCGGACGUCUCAGCAGUACCACGCUAAUUUGGUAGCGUUGUCUACAAAUGAAAAAUACACUGGUUUCUCGUUGAAUCUGCUUCAAGCAAAGUACUCUUCUUCAGGCGAAUUCGCCGUGUUCAUUCAACGCCAUAUUAGAAAUGGGCUCUCCAAUUUAGCAGUGUACUUAUUGUGCAAGAUACCGGUGGUAGGCUCUGUUGUACUUGGGUUCAUCUCAUUCCUGAGUCUAAAUAGUAAAAUCGGAACAAUAAGAGCCCUUGCGAUUUUCGGUACUCUCCAGCUUCUCCCGAGGUACUACGCAGUGAAGUUUCUCACCACGUACUGGGGAUCUCGGAGUAUGGUACAUGAUCUAUUGCUUCCAUACUUCUCGAGAGUAAGAUUUACCAAGUUGGAGAAGGAUCAAUGGAUUAAGUCUCGUGAGGGUCUCCUCUUUGGAUUUGGUUUGUGCUAUUUCACUUUGAUCAAAAGGUUGCCAUGGGUAGGUUUGCUAAUCUUUGGUUUUGCUGAGUCUGCUGUAGCAUACUUGAUCACCAAGGUUUCGGAUCCUCCUCCAAAUCAGGUGAGUCUGUUAGUGCACUGGAAUGCUUCGCAGCUUGUGUGGAACAAGGAAAAAGAGCUGGAUAUUCUCCUGGGCCUUUAUGUCAGCAAAGAUGAGGGUUUCGUGCCUAUUCCCGGCUCGUAUAUUUUCACCUAA